AUUUUGCCACCGCAUGAGUUGAGCAACAGUUGAACCUGUAAGACUGAACUGAGGGAGUAAUUGACUAGCUGUCGCACAACAGCCGCCCGCCAAAUUCUAAAGCUAAAGCUAUCGUUUUUGUCAUGUCAGCCACUGCGUGUCAAUACUGCGAAUUAAUUUCUGUUUUUUGAAAUGUGGGGAGACGUUGAACUUCUGUCAACUGACGAUACAAACGCAUUCCGACUUGGGAGCGUGUCAAAGGUGGUGGAUGGAAGCGUGUUGUAUCAGGUUGACACCUUGGCCAAAGUUUCGGCUUCAAGUCAGGUGUCGUCAGAUCCAUAUGUCUUCUCAAGCAGUGGCUCCAGCUGGAGCAUUGUGGUCAUUGACAAAACAGUGAUUUUGUUUGACCAGAGCUAUCAGACCAUCUUGCUCCUGCUUCACUUUGAAACGGAUGUGGAUGCCAUUGAUGUUUGCCUUGAAGGGCAGUUCUUGAUCAUCUGUGAAAGAAGUGGAAAGGUUCAUUUGAUCUAUGUCCCACAGAAGAAGAUUCUCUUCACAAGAUCCUUAGCGGAGGGAACGUCCUAUGGGAACCAGAAAACAUUUCGUUGUCUUACCAUUGAGGAGGACAAGUCAUCAUCUGGGGUGUUCCAUGUUUUCUUCCUCGUUAAAGAUGGCUUUUUUCACAUUAAAAACCUUGACCUGGCAAAAAUUGAAGCAGCUGUUAAGAUUGUGGACAUCGAAGCAUUAAAAAAUCUUCAGUCUCUUAUUAAGACCGACUUCUGCAGCACCAAAGAUUACCAUGAUGAAGGUUGCAGCACUGCCGUGAUGUUCAGUCUGGCCAGUGAAAUCCACCUUCUGAUUGGGGGUGAUAAAGAAAAUGUUCUUACUGACUGGGUGUGGGAGCCAGACCUGUCCAAAAUGUGUGUCACGAGCUCUGUGGACACUAGUUUAAUAUCGGGUAUCCGGAAGAUGUUGGUGGUGGACAAUCUUCUUUACAUACUUGACUCUGAGGACACCCUAAGUCUUUGGGAUUUGCAUUUCCUUGUUAUGAUUCAUUGUUGGCCUGACCUUGCCUUCCACGACAUUGAACUCACUACAGAGUGUGACACCACUUCCAUGGUGGCCCAGGACAAGAGCAGCAUGAAGAUGAUUACACUGACAAAACAAGUUAAUAGGAAGAUCAACUCACUACAAAUACGAUCCCUACCAUCUAUGGCUGUUUGUUACUCUCUGGAUGUCUCUUCGGUCUCCUGUCUGGUCCAUGCCAAGACAAGCAUGGAUACCAUCUAUUUGGUGGAGGGAAUUUGUGUGAACCCUGAAAGCCGAAUGGAACCUGUGUCCACUGUUGUCAUCAGCUGUCUCACCGAGGCUUUGCCUGAAAACAGGCUGAGCAGGCUCCUUCAGAAACACAUGUUUGAAGAAGCAGAAAAGUUUGCAAUCAAUUUUGAACUAGACCUGGAGCUUGUCCAUAAAGUGAAGCUUGACUUUGUGCGGGAGCAACUCGCCUCUGCCUCAGAGGGCGGCUAUGGACAAGAUGUUUGGGCAGAGCUUGUUGAAGAGGCCAGGGUGAACCUGAUUAAAAUCACUGAUGAGCAUUAUGUGGUGGAUUAUUGCCUGCAGACUCCAUGGCCGACUUUUGAGACUGCAGAGAAGAUGUUUUCCUAUGUUGCCACAAGAUACUCAUCAACUCUGAUCCACGAAGCCUUGGACAGACUGGCAACAUUUUCUAUUCUGCUCGGCCCGACAAACUUCAACGGAAUUGCCUGGAUAAAGUUUCUGAACAGCACUGAUGAUUUGGGAGACAUUAUUUCCUACCUGAGAGAGGGAAACUUAAAGGGAGCACAGCUGCUUUGGCUGAGAUUUGAGGGUCAUAUCAGAACAGGGUUUGACACAGGGAAACUUGAGAUGUUGUUGGAUGCCAUUCCAGAGGACCUCUCUUCCCAAGACCUAUGUCCUUGGUUCAGGACGGUUGUCCUACCAUUUGUGAGGAAAGUACUGCCAAAAGGGCAGAAAAUUCUGGCCAGAUGGAUUGAGCAGAGGGCAAGAAAUCUUGAGCUAACAGAGAAGGGAGCUUGGCCCAAAAAUGGUUUGGAGCUCGCUGUGCUUGGUGUGCCAACCUUAUCGACAUGGAUGAAAUGCGAUGAAGACUAUGGCUCAGAAGAAGUUGAGAGCCUCAAGUUCUUGGUUUCCAAACUCCGACAGCUGCUGGACCUCCACAAUAAAUACAACUGCAAGCUUUCCCUUUCUGUGUUUGAGAAGGCGAACGUACACAGCGUGGCGUUCCUUUUGCUGGACAAAGUGCUGGCUCCAGAGCUGAUUGCAGCCACAGUAGAACAUUGCAUUGUACCAUAUGCUGAAGAACAUGGCAUUCCAUUUGAUGAGCUGCUCCUACAAUACAUCAAGGAUCUUCUGGAACGUUGCAGCUCUCAGACAACAACAUUUUUCACUGAGUGGGAUGCCAAAGCAGUUGCAGUAUUGCGUUGCAUGACUGAUAGUGAUCUGAUGGUGGAUGCUGUACUUGAGAUCAUGCGAAAAGCUGUAGUUCCAUGGAGUAAACUGGUGGAGAACCUUGUGCAACAAUACCUUGAAAUGGAGGGUCCCAAACAAGAACUCUUGAAAGAGAGCUACCGUUUAAUGGAGAUCAGAAAACUCCUUGGAGGUUACGGAAUCCGAAACUCCAACCUCUCUAACAGCAAUGAGAUUUUGACUCUCAUUAGAUACAUCCUGAAGCAAGACUGCCCAACAUCGCUGGAAGACGCGCUCACAUUGGCUGCAGCAUACAAACUGCCAACCUCCCAUGUCAAUUAUUUGUUUCUCAUCCAGCUCAUUGGCCAAGGCAAACCUGAGGCCUGCCUGGAUGUAUUGAAGAAGUUGCCGCCUGCAGAAGUGGAGAGCGUGAUGGAACAUCUUACUUCAUGGGCUCUCCUUCAGCUAGAGGACAAAUGUCACAUGUCUGAUGAACACAAGAAACUUCAGAUGGCUAUCGCCCAGGUGAUGGUGGAGGCUCUGAAGUACCUGCGUACAAUCCAAAAGCAUGAUGCUCUUAAAAGUUUGGCGUGUGAAAACAAUCUCACAAUGUUAAAGGCCAUCGCACAUCUCCAGGAAGAUUUUGAUGUCUUCAUCACCCCGACCAACUAUGAAGAUCCCAAAAUGAGACGGCAGAUCCAGGAGCACCAUAUCACAGCAUAUGAAAACACUCGUGGUCGUCAUUCAAAAAAGGCAAAGACGGAUGCUACCCCAGUUGUGGCUAACGAUUCCGAUGGCAAAACCAAAACCAUAUCUACAGAGGCCGGCCUGCGUCGUUUAGGACGGCAACUGCAACGUACGGAGCAGGAGCUCUGGUCUGAUCUGGCUCUGCGAGCUCUUGGAGUGGGGAACGUGGACAAAGCUCUUAAAAUCCUAAGGGAAUUGUAUGAACACCACUACAACACCAGCACUGGGAAGGUUUUGUUCACAGCUGCCAAAACAUUGUGCCAAAUGUUGGCGGCAGAUGUGCCGAUGGUGCUGCCCGAGGAUGCGGAUCUGCCUGCAGUCAUCCACGAUCUAGCAUGUCAGGCAAUUACUGUGUGCCACUCAGACUUGCUUUUGGAUUGUCUGGAGCUUUCCAAGUGCACACGGAUGGCAAUGGAUGUUUAUCAUCAGUGUCAGUUGUCAGAAAACUAUGGAUUCAUAGCUAAGGAGUCAACGAUGAAUUCGGAAAAAGAUCCAUUCGCACAGUGGAUUUUUCAAGACGUUUUCAAGGAGGAUUGCAUUGUUCUGGAUGUUGUGUCUGUGCUGCCUGUACAGUAUGAAAUUACAAACUGCCUGUUGCCUCUCCACCAUGAUACUAAGCUGCACCCCAUGGACUGUUCCUGCCUCUCCCACUGCUCCUUUGAAGACGGCUCAAACUACAUUGAGCCAAUUUUGGGUCCGAUGUCCAAGAUGCUGCAGAUGUUACAGGAGUGCAGUCAGCUGGAGUUGGCCCUUAGACUCCUGGUCAACUCAUACGGCAGCUGCCUGCAACAUGUCACCUCUAAUAUGAUGAACGUUAAUGUUAGCGUGCUGCUUCACACUCCAGAGGAACUUUCAAAGUACAACAUAUGCUUGAAAGAGCUUCGCAAAUCAACCACAUCCGUUUUGAACACCGUUGCUGUGGCACUCUUGAACAAGGUCUUCAACUGGAGGGUGGUUGACUGUGAUUUGUCGAUUGGGCUCUGUACUCUCCUGCCCAAAGCUCAAGUCUUUAAAAUACUGUGGGAAACUAUUGACAACACUUGGGAGAACUAUGACAAGGUUUUGGGUCUUGCCAAAAUAGGCGUCAGUCUGUGUUGCUUGUACAACCUUGAGGAGGAACAUGAGAAGUUUCAGUCCAUUGUCACUGAUGCUGAAUGGGGCAUCAAACUUGGCAAAUUGGAGAUUUCUAUUCAACCAGUGUUUGGACAACAGCCAGCACUCAAAAAUAGUUUGGUCCCUGUGCUUGUUAAGAACAAGAGGAUUACUCCAGAUAUUAUUCUUGAGUACUGCAGCGCAUUUGGUCUUGAUCGUGACAGAGUUAUCUGUCAAUACAUAACCACCUUACUACUGCUGCAAGAGGAUGAGGGAGACCCAUGCGACCCAGUUCUCUGCCUGGAUGAUGAGCCGCUGUGUAAUGAUGAUGCCUUUGAGCGGGUCCUUCAGAUUAUCCCGAUGCUACACCACACAAGCAAGCUCGCCAACAGUCUGUCAGCCGCCAUUUUUAAGCUCAGUCCUUACAACUAUGAGCGGAUUGAAGCUGUGUUGAAGAUCAUCCAGGUUGCUGAUGAAUGCGUGACCACCUUUUCCGUUAGCCAGGCGAUGGGCCUUCUUCAGCAGCUGAAGUCCUACACACGAGUGUCUGCGCCCUCCGAUACAGAAAGCACUUAUCUGCUGGAGAACUGUCUGCAGCCAAGCCCUCUUUCCAAAACAAGGCUUCCUUUUCACCUUCUCAUGCAAACGAAGCAUUUCUGGAAAAUUAUCUCUCCAGAACUUAGCAACGAGACAUUCCCGACUCUUCUGCUAAUAAGCAAACUAAUGAAGGUGAGCCUGGAUAAGUUAUAUAUGUCUGCAGCAAACCAUGUGUUUGAGAAGAAGCUGAAACCUCUUCUACUGAAGCAAAGGAAAAAGCAACAGUGUGCUUUAGGCUGUAGUAAAGAAACUUUUAAAGUGGCAGAGACUAUGAUGAAUUACAUACAAUGCAUCCAGAGCCCUGAAUGGGCUGCUGCUACCGCCCACAAGAUUACCCAGGAACUGCCACCAGGCAAUGAGAAGACACAGUCCCUGAGAUUUUGUUUGGGGUUGGGAGAGUCUUGGCUCAAGAAUCCAAACCUAGAUGAUGAAGCACGAGCAAGAGGAGAUACCUUUCUGUCAAAGUUGAAACUGCAGUUCCAGCAGUCAGCCACAGAGAACGCUCUCAUCGCCAACAAGUUAAACAAUGCAGAGCUUCUUAAACUUACUGGACGUCCAGCGCGUCUUAUAGUGGCUUUGUGUGAGCACAGCAGCGUGGAGGAGAGAUUCAGACACUCUGGCAGUUGCACUUACCCCGACAUUCUUGCAGUGAUCAAGGAAAUUGCCAGCAUCAACAAUGUGGAUCUGUUGCAAAUUCGUAACAUGAUGUUGGAAAAGUGGAUCUGCAAAACGGGUCCAGGCAUGGCCAAGGAUGUAAACUACAGAGAUUGCAUCAGCAACAUCAACGAAGAUCCAGAUUUGAUGAGGGUGGUGUACAUGCUGCAGUCAUGUUCGACAGAGGAUAAUGUGAGACUUCUGGUUCCUAUCCUCUCUGCUGAAACCUGGCCUCUUGGAAUUUCGGGCCCUCGUCUCACCUACUGCCAUCGGACCCGAGCUGUGUUCUGUCUCGCCCAUCUCAUUGAUGCAGCCGCUGUGGAGACUCAUGUUCAAAUCCCUCACGAUAAGAUCCAAUUUUACCUUAAGUGCUACAUCAUUGUCUCUCAGCUGGAGGCCCUAAACAUUCCGUACACCAUACAGUCCUUUCUCAGUAGCCCAAAAGAAGGCUUGAUCAAAGGUUUGUGGAAAAACCACAACCAUGACCCACAGGCUGUCCGAUUAGUGGCUGACUUGUGUUUGGAGUAUCAAUUCUACGAUCUGCAGCUCUGGAGCAGUCUCCUUCAAAAAUUGCUGAGCCUUAACCUGGUCAACGAUCUCCAGAAAGUGCUUGAAGCCACAGUGGCAGUGCCUGCUCUGCGGGAGAUCCCAAGCUACUCCAGGACUUGGAAGAGUAUUAUAUUGGCACCUUUUGUCUCAGCAUCUCUUCCUCUCAGCCGAGAUCAGCAAGCAACGCUCUACCGGACCUUUGUUCUGCUGCUAAAAUGUCCGUUUCUGUUGAGUCUAGACCUGAUAGGUGUGGCUAAAGGGUUUGCACAGUUCAACCUUCAUGCCUUCGCUCUAGGAACUCUCCUCCUCAUCCCCUGUGCAAAAAAGAAGGCUCAGCAGAUUCAGGGACUCCUGUCCGUCUGCAACCCCAUGGCUGUUUUGGAACAGGUUGAGGAGCACAUGAACACCGGGGAAUUAGCUGGCCUCCCCUCACAGAUCUGGGACACCACAUUGACCUACAUCAGCCAGAAUGGACAGCAGCAGAAACUUUUCAAUACAAAGCACUUUGAACAUCUGAAGAAGCUCAUGUUGUCCCGGGCCCAGUCAGAUCAAGUGAAAGAUCUUGUGGACUCCCUCAUCAGCCAGAAUUGCAAUGAUGAAGCUCAAUCGCUGGCGAGAGUUCUUGAGUCAAAGAGGGAAAAUCCUGACGAACAGGCUCUUCCUCACCGGCUGAUUUAAGGUCAGAUGGAGUGACUGGAUGAUCAACUGUUCUCUCUCUGCGGCCUUUUCUUCCUAAUCUAUGGAUGGUAUUUGUACACGCAAGACAUCUAUCACAGUUACAUUCAAAUGCUCUCUUGUUGUCAUAUUGCCAAUAUGCUGUUCUUAAUUA